GCCCCAGGGGCUCCGCCCCGCGCCCGGGCCCAGCCUCGGGGUCCUGGGUUGAGAGAGCCGGACGGAAGUGAGCGGGUCCCGCCCCUUCCCCUUCUCGUUUUCGUUGGAACCGCUGCCACCGCUGCCCCCUUUCUGACUAGCCGGAGUCUCCGUUCCGUGUCCUCGGUCCCCGGCCGCGCGGAGCCGGGAUGCACUGCUCCUGCUGUGGGUCCUCAUCAUGGAGACCAAACGGGUGGAGAUUCCCGGCAGCGUCCUGGACGAUCUCUGCAGCCGAUUUAUUUUGCAUAUUCCCAGCGAGGAAAGAGACAAUGCUAUCCGAGUGUGUUUUCAGAUUGAACUUGCCCAUUGGUUUUACUUGGAUUUCUACAUGCAGAACACACCAGGAUUACCUCAGUGUGGGAUAAGAGACUUUGCUAAAGCUGUCUUCAAUCAUUGUCCAUUUUUGCUGCCUCAAGGUGAAGAUGUGGAAAAAAUUUUGGAUGAAUGGAAGGAGUAUAAAAUGGGAGUGCCAACAUAUGGUGCAAUUAUUCUUGAUGAGACACUUGAAAAUGUACUACUGGUUCAGGGGUACCUAGCAAAAUCAGGCUGGGGAUUUCCAAAAGGAAAAGUGAAUAAAGAAGAAGCUCCUCAUGAUUGUGCUGCUAGAGAGGUCUUUGAAGAAACUGGUUUUGAUAUUAAAGAUUAUAUCUGUAAGGAUGAUUACAUUGAACUUCGAAUCAAUGACCAGCUUGCUCGUUUGUACAUCAUUCCAGGAAUUCCAAAAGAUACAAAAUUUAACCCAAAAACCAGAAGAGAAAUUCGGAACAUUGAGUGGUUCUCCAUUGAGAAAUUGCCCUGUCAUAGAAAUGAUAUGACCCCCAAAUCCAAACUCGGUUUGGCACCUAACAAAUUUUUUAUGGCCAUUCCUUUUAUCAGACCAUUAAGGGACUGGCUUUCUAGAAGAUUUGGAGAUUCCUCAGAUAGUGACAAUGGAUUUUCCUCAGCUGGUAGCACACCAGCUAAACCCACUGUGGAAAAACUGAGUCGAACCAAAUACCGCCACAGUCAGCAGUUAUUUCCAGAAGGUUCUCCUGGUGACCAGUGGGUAAAGCACAGGCAACCGCUGCAGCAAAAACCAUAUAAUAAUAAUCAUUCUGAAAUGUCUGACCUUUUAAAAGUAAAGAAUCAGAGUAUGAGGGGAAAUGGCAGAAAACAGUAUCAAGAUUCACCUAAUCAAAAGAGAAGAACAAAUGGGGCCCACAGCCAGCCAGCCAAGCAGCAGAAUCCCUUGAUGAAAUGUGAAAAAAAACUUCAUCCACGAAAACUUCAGGAUACUUUUGAAGCAGAUGCUGCAUAUGACUUACCUUGCUCUGGUGAAGACCAAUUGCUAGAACAUGCUGAGGGCCAGUCUGUGGCAUGUAAUGGACAUUGCAAGUUCCCAUUUUCAUCUAGAGCCUUUCUGAGUUUCAAGUUUGACCAUAAUGCUAUAAUGAAAAUCUUGGACCUUUGAUAGCAGCACAUGUAUUGUGGAAAUCUCAAGAUCAGAGACCUGGUGCAUUUGAGUGGGUGUCUCUUUGAGCCUUACCUUUCUCAGGUGUUUUAAAGAAAUGCAGGGAAGCAAUGAUGUUUCUGAAGAAAUCGUUCUCUGUGCAGAAGAGAGAGUAGAAAGAAACAUGAGUUUGCACUGUAAAUGCAGUUAUAACUUUUUAUAUACAUGUACCCUUUCAGUGUUUGGCUAACGAAUUUAAGUUGCUUUUUAUGGGGCAUUUUUUUCUGUGUGAUUGUGGUUUUUAUUUUGUAUUCUAGUCAAGAAAAUAGUGUUUGUGUCAUUAUUUAGUCGCCAAGUUAAUGGGAAUGCUCUGUCUACCCAUUACAGUGAUUAUAAUACUAGUUUCCUUAUGUUGAAAAUUUUAAAGGAAACUUAAAAUACACGGUUAUUAAAUGAUUACAAAAGCUGAAAUGUCACAAAAGUCAAGAUUGCAGGUCAUCUGCUUUGGUGGCAUUUUAUGCAUUUGUCUGCUACUAACCACUUGGGUUCUCUAAUUCUCUGCUUGGAGUUUUGUUAAAAGGUUUUACAUAGAGUCAGCAUCUGCUAUAUAGUGUUCAUGUUCAAAAUGAACUCUUGGCUCUUCAUUAAAGGACAAAGUCCUCAGCCUGGAGAGGGACUGAGUUGGUUGGGUGGGGAGUUGACGCUGUAAUUUUGAGUUGUGCCCCGUGAGACUGGAGAGAGUGAAUGGAGAGAGAGCAUGGGGGCUGGGACCCCGAAACUGCUUUGUCACAUCUGCACCAUCCUGCUGCCAGCCCCUUAGUAUCAUCUGAUGAUUUCGUUCUGUUUUACAGUUGUGUAAAUAUGUAUGGAAUAUUGACUGACAUUAUAAGGUUUUACAUUGCAUCUCAGUGUUGAUCUCUCGAAACUGAUACUAGGUUCCAGUGUGCAGUAGUAGCAGAGAACUGACACACUUUUUAGCGAGCUGAAGUCCCUGGAUGAUGGAGCAAAAAGGGAAGGGUAGGCACUUGACCCAAGUCCACAUAAAGCAUUUCACCAGCGGAGAGGAUCAGAACAUGGAAGUGACAUUUAUAAUUUACUCCUAGGAAUGUAUUUUGCUCCUUCAGGAUUCUUAAAUGCAAAUAAGGAUGGCAUUGCCCAUUUAAAGAAGGAUUUUAACUGUAUAAUUAAGGACAAUCACCAGGGCUGUAAGGAGGCUUUAGUGUUUGGGCUGCUGCUGACCUCACUGAAGGUGUCUCGGUGGGGGCGGGGCGGGGGUAGAGUGUGCAAGCAUAUGCGUGCAUGUGCAUCUGUCAUGUGGGUUUUAAAAAUCUUUUUUACGUGUGGCAUCCACAAAAUAUAUCUCUGCUUGUAAAUUUUAUUGUAGAAAUCUUUAUUAUGUAUAGAUAGCCUAUUUAAUAGGGGUUCUAUUGAACCCAGUGGCACUUUCAAAAGAAGUGCUAUUGUCACUUGGUAUUACUUUGCUUUAGCUUUUAAAUGGCCUGAUUUUAAAGGAGAAAUUCUAUUUAUUAAUAAUAAAGUGUCACCUUCUUGGUGCUAAGCAGGAUACUUCAUUUAUAGCAGCUUGUUUAGAAUUAUGUUAUUCACAAUCCUGCAUCUCUUAAUGUGACAAAUUUGUGAAUCUUUCUGUGAUCUUUUUAAAAAAAAUGCAUUAUAUGAUUGUGUUUGGAAGCUCUUAACUGUCCUUUCCAAAAAUACAGCUGCUUUGCAUGGGUCUCCUUGAGCCAUAUUUAUAGUUGGUCCCAGCAUUCCAUAUUUCUGUUAGAUUGUUAGGGGAAUGAAAACAUACUUUGCCUGGCAGAUAAAUCAUUUUCACUCAUUUACUGCCAUCUGGAAACCAUUUAAGUUUAAUGAUUUGGGUUUUUUUUGUUUUUUUUUUUUAAGUGAGUGCUUUGGUCAGUCUUUCUGGUGCCUCGAGUUGGAUUUUCAGCUCUCGAUACUAAAGCAGUAGAGAUUAUAGAGUUCCUUACCAGAAGUAUGGCCUCUAAUGGUAUUGAGCCUUUUCAGGAACCCACAAAUUGGGAGUUCCCUAGUGGCCUGCAUUGUCCCUAGCCUGGGAACUUUUGUGUGCUGUGAGUGCGGCCAAAAAAAAAAGAACCAACAAAUUAUUUCUUUUCAAUUAUGGUAGUUAAACUAUGAUUAAAUAUUAUUGCUGUUGUGCUGCUUCAUUUAAUGCACUGUGGAACAAAAUAAGGGUUUUUGUUGGGAUGGGACUUUGGUGACUUGAGGCUUUCAGCUCUCUUGACAGUUUGAGAUUUAAAAAAAUGUUAAAAGAGGAGUUCUCUUGUGGCUCAGUGGGUUAAGGAUCUGGCAUCGUCACUGCUGCAGCUCAGGUCGUUGCUGUGGUGUGGGUUUAAUCCUUGGCCCGGGAACUUCCACGUGCUGCGGGUGCGGCCAAAAAGAAAAAGUUAAAAGAUGAGUUGGAGUUGGUGUGUGUGAUGUGACUAAACUAUGCAGAAAAUGGAUAAGUUGGAUGUACCUGUUUUUUGUACAUCUGCUAUACUUAUUCCCUUGAACCUGUGUUAUUAGUUUCUCAGUGUUCAGGUUACCCUGGGAAAGGCCAUGAUUAGCACAGAACUAGAUUUCUCAUUUGAGAAAUCUUAGCAUGGUUUGAAGAAAUCAUGUAAUAAAGAAGUAUACUGAAUAUGCAAUACUUUAAUUCUGUGUGCUGCAUUUUAAGAAGCUAGCUAAGAAAAGUAGUUGUGUUGGCUUUAUGUUUCAUGUGUUUGAGAGAGAAAUAGGUCCUUGAAUCCACUUUUUAAAUGUUCUAAUCUUCCGACCUUCUAUGUUCCAAGGUUCAGUGCACUGUGAAUCUUUUAUUUUUAAAAAAUUUCUUAGGUGCUUUUCUGUAUAACUGUAAUGAUUUGUUAAGAUGUUCAAUGAAUUGUUUUUGUCCUUAACCAUUGUAAUCCAGAGCAUAGAGGUCAAGUUUACAUGCUUUCACAGACUUUUAUUCAGAAAUAGAAAAUGAAUGGAUUUAAGAUUUCAAACCUGAUGCUCUCCUGAGACAUGAACAUGGAAGUCUGAGAACCUAAUAGAACUCUUUUAGCAUGGGUGAAAUUUGAUUGAAGAUGUUUGAAGAUUAAGUUGGAUUGGUUAUAUAUAAAGGUGAGUUUGCUAUAGGCAUGGUGGUCACUGCUUGCUGCUUUGAACUAAGUAUCAAUUAGUACAGAUGAUUAAGAUGUAUAUGGUGAAAUUACAUCACUGAGAUGGGGUUGUUAUAUUUUAGGUUUUUAGUAAUUUGUGUGUUAAUAUUAAAAAACAAACCUCCUUCCACAAGGAUUAAAUUCUUCUAACACUUAAUACAAUGUGGUGGUUUUUAGAAAAGUUCAGGUCUGACAAUGUGUGCAUUAAAAAGAAAUUAAAAGUAUUUCAUUACCUCUUCCCUUGCUUUUUGUUUCUAACAGUUAACUUGAACAGUAAGAAGCCAAGUCAGUUAAAUUAGACUUUUUGCCAAGUUAUUUUUCUUAUUAUAGCAUCUCUUAGCUUUUUAUCUUUAUUUUUGUACCAGUGGAUUUCCGUCUUACUCGUUCAGAGUCUUUUGAUCGGCAUCUGUUGUGUCUGUAUUCUCCGAGGCAGUAUUUUCUUUGCAUAUUAAUCAUAGUUAAAAGGUCAGAUGCAUUAAAAAGUUUUCUGUUUAAAGGAAAAUAAGUGUUCCCUUGCAGUUUUGACUGGGAUUAUUUUCUAGCCUGGGGAAGGGGUCAUAUGUAUUGUUGUAACUUUAGAUUAAUGAUAAGGAAGACAAACUCUUGUUUUGCCUGAAGGUAUCAAUAUCCUUUAUGUUUAAGUACUUGUCUCUUGGUAAACGGGUGUUAGUAAAAUAACAAUUUUGUUAAACCUUAUUCCUGAUAGUUUGGUAAAGCCUACUUAAUGUUCCUUAUUUUGUAUUCUGUCCUGAGACUUUAAAAUGCAUAUAUAUAGUUACCAAAAAUUCUAAAAAAUGAGAUUAUGAUGGGUUUUCUCAGCAUCUUUUUCUUCUUAGAAUUGAGUUGCUGAUGAAGACUGUACCUCUCUGUCAUAAAGGUGGCAGACUGCAGAUGGACAGUAUUGGCUGUGUCUCAUGCUGUUCACAGUACCCUUCUGGAUUGCAGCUUCAAAAAGUAUGAUAAGUUUAUAUUACAGAACAAAAGUGCCCUGAAGAAGGGAGAAGAUAGCUAUCAUUGCCGGGCAAAGAAAACAUAAGAAAGAAAUUUUAGAAGGUAAAAUGAAUUAUUGAGUGCCAGAAAUGUGGUCAUUGCCACAUCCAAGCAGAGAUUAAUAUAUGUGGCCAUUACCAAGCGUUUUCUGGCUCUGGGUGUAAUUUUUUCUAAGUAUGGUUGCCAAGCCACCCAGUAGAUCUGAAGUUUUCCUCACCUUCAAGAUCAGUGUUUUGGAGUCUGUGGAUCCUGUGCUGAUGAUACUUCACAACUCCAGCCAUGCUAAACUACGCUGCUUUCUUACAGGAACAUAACCCAGAGCACACACAGCCAUAAUCAGUCUCUUCACAUGGUAGUAAUCCAUUUGUCCUGAAUGGUGGUCCUUUCCAUCUGGUUUCCUUGUGACAGACAGUAUUUAUUACUAAAAUAGUGGUCUGUAGCUAGGGAACAGAGUAAAGCUACCUCCCUGCAUGGGAGUGGACUUUGAAGGUCUGGCUUCUGCAGGCAUAGUUGCUGAGACUUCAACAUAAGGUACAGAGAGGCGUUAACAAAAACUAUGAUGAAGUAUGAGAGUUAUAUCUUCAGAAAUGUUCAUAAUUCGCUCUUUAAUCUGGGGUCUCAGAUUUAUGAAACCACCAGCAAGGAGAUUCCGUUCCACUUGGGUCUUCUAUGGUUGGCAGAGAGGAUGGUAUAUAAAAGCACAAUCUGAAGACGAAUUCACUUUAACAAGGUGCUUGCAUUAGCUAUAUAGUGUGUGCUCUCAGUAGGAAAGAGGUUGAAUGCCUAAGUCAGUUGCCUAUGUUUGUAACUUUGUUUCAAAUGGACCUUCCUCUUAGUAGCCUUUAGUCCUUGAGUCCAGUAUGAGAAUAAGGUCCUGAACAUUUGCUGCUGUUUUGGUGUUUGGGUGUUCUCUUGGUUAUUGGCCUCUGUCUGGUGAGUGCUAUUUGGAGACCUGUUGUUUGUUUAAUCCUUUUUCUUGGGGUGACUGGUCAGAAAGAUGCCAUUGAGUCUGCCUGGUGGGGACCCUCCACUCCCACCGCAUGACUUUCUGUUAAAAAUUUUUUUUUUCUUUAAAUUUUUCCAGCGAUGCAUCCCCUAAAUGGUGACUGCCACUGUGGACAUUUUCGAGCAGUGAUUGCAUCUUGACUUUGACCCCCUUUGGCCAUAAACAGGAGAACUGUAGACACCUUUGCUAUUUUUAGUCUCUCAUACAGGUAGCUAUCACAUUGGUUUGGGAACAAAGAAGACCGUGUAAUGCUAGGGCAAAGUGGACAAUGUUCUGCUGGUCCUUCAUCUUGGAGAAGUCUUAGUUAACAUUUCUAGGUUGUUUUCUUUUUGAGGUAGAAUGUAGCAUUUUAUUUUCAUGUACUUAUAAUUCAUCGACUCGGAGGUUCUAAAACAGUCUAUAUAUAGCUGCAGACUAUGGUAUGAAACAUUUUGGGCACAAAUCUUCAUUGUUGGUCAUUUCUCAAGCUUUAGGAAAUUAGAAAAUUCUUUGUAAAAUGGUAUCUUCGCUUAUUAUGCUUUUGUGAUAUUUAGGAAGAGACUAUGGGUGGCAGCAAAUGGAAGCAAAGGUUCUGAACUCUGACCGAAAUUAAGAAAGGUAGUAACUAUUCCUUAGCAGUUUGGUUGAUUAGAUGCGUUAAUACUUUUGGAACAAAUAAGUAUCGGUGGACUUGGACUCUUCAUGUCUUAAAUGUAUGAUAUGCACUGAUAGAAAAGCACAAAAGACAGACCUGCAGUUUCUUUGUGCACUUCACUACUGUCCUAGGGCACUGCUGUCUCUGCUGGAUAUUUGAGGUUUGUGUUUGGAUCUUGCACAAGUACCUUUUAAUUUCAAAUGCAAGAGUCCGAAGAACCAAUUCUUUAAUGCUACGUUUUUGCUUAUUUUAAAGUUAGGACAGGAUAGUUAGGACAGCUAACCUGACUUCCAUUUUUUAAAUAUUAUAAACCAUUUUUCUUCAGUAAUAAAUAGGGAAGGAAAAUAAAACCAUGAACUAUUUUGCAGAUAUAUAUAUAUAUUUGGUGUAUAUAUAUAUAUAUAUAUAUAUACACAGUAUAUUUUUUCUUAUAAUUGUUUCUGAAUUUUGUGUAUUAGCUUAAUACUUUAUAAAAGUUCAUAUUCGUUAAGUAUUGACACGUAACUCAGAUUUUUAAUUUUACCUGUUGGCUUUAGUGGACAUUUAAAAGUCUUAUUUCAGAAUAAAAUGAUUAAUCAAAUGGAAUUAUGAUUCAUGUGUUAACUAACUUAGGUGAAAUCCUCUUAUCUAAGAUUGUUUUUCAUUUGACCACCAAGAUAAGGGUUAAGUUUGGAUGGGAAAGAUAAGAAUUGAUUUCUUUUUAUUCCCUGCCUAUUUUCAAAACGAGAUUUGAUGUGUUUUUGAUGCUGUGGACACUAGGUAAUGUUCAUGGAAAAUAUGUAGUCUUAAAACAGUUUUCUUGGGAGUAGGUUUUAGUCUGAAAAAAGGUGAAGGUCAUGUUGAACAAAUUAUUUGGGACCUACAAAGUCUGGUAGAAAAAAAUUGAAAUGGUUUCACUAAACACGAUAUUCAGUUGAGAAAACUGGACUUUAGAGUAAAUGUGAUAGAUUUGUCAAGUUUAUUCAGUAACAAUUUUUGUCUCAUGUAAAAUGAUUUAACAUGUAAUUUUUGCCUUAAUUUUAGAAGCAUUUUAUUACUUUAUCUUCUAGGGCAUUUUAAUGUUUAGAGAAAGACUGAGUAAGUAAACCAUUCAUUCUGUCUUUGGUGGUAAUGAAGUUCUUGGUGCUUGUUUUAAUAAAUUGUCAAACAUUUAGGAAAAGCAGAAAAGGACCCCCCAAACACCUGUUGGGUACACCUUGUAGUUAUAUGAAUUGAUCCCUUUAGAACAAUAUUGUGUUUCUGGGCUUAAUGCAUUCUGACUGAAGACUAGCUUUCCCUCAGUGUUAAUGAAAGGGUGAGGACUGAUUAUCACUUACAUUGGUUGUGUUCAUCAUAAGUAAAGGAUUUCUAGUGACUUGUUUAUGAAUCAGGAAUUUACAAGUUUGCAGGAUGAAUGCACUUCCAAAGUUGACUAGAAAUGCUAGCUGUACUCUCCACUGAGAAAAUGAAUGAAGUCCUAUGUCUUAACAGUUGUGCUCUUUUUGAAAGCUCUUUUGAUGUAAAUAACACCAGUUGAGAGAUGAAAAACCUUUUAUCUUAAAAAAUGCAGUUUGAAUGAUGGAAGUUUCCUUUGUAUUUUACAACAUCUUUACAGUUGAUUGUUCAAAUAUUGGCUUUCUGUAAAAAACAUUAUCGUGUUAAAAUUAGAAUCUGUAGUGCAAUAUCAAUAAAUUUUGCUGCGUGGGCAGUUUUAAUUACUACCUUAACCUGGCUUCUGCUACUGGUACUUGUAGGUUUCAGGUUCUCAUAUUUUGGUUGAAUCUCUUGGGACCAAAAAAAAAAAUGACAGAUAUGAGACAAAGGUGUGUUUACAUGAAGGAUUGUGAGCAAAAAGGAAAGUAACUGUUAUGUAUUCUCCAUCUCACUUUAUGGUUUGGGCGUUGCUUUUUAAAAGCAAGAUUAUAGUGUGUGUUAAUUAGAUACAUAAAAUCCAACAAUUCUUAAAUUUGUAUUCUUAGAACCAGGUUUUCUGAAUAGACUGCUUGACAGUCUUUGGCUCUCAGGAGUGAAAGCAACAUUCUUCUCUACUGGGGACCUCAGCUAUAUUAUAGCAAACUUUCGGAAAGAGUGACCAGGGUGUAACGCUCUUACUGUCAAAGGUUCUUUGCUAAGGAGGAGUGGCAGCACUGUAGUGACACUCGUCUAGCAGACACCUUGCAGAGCUGGCUCCAUCUCUCCUGACCUUGCAGUUUGCUAUUAUAGGCCCUCGUUCAGUAAUUUUUUAAAAGAAAAAAAAUCCAGAUCCUUUGGUAGAUAAACUCUCACAUUUAUACCAAAUUUGACACAGCCCAGUAGAAAGUGGUGAUACAUGAGUUUUCUUUAGCUGUUGGCCGUUUUAACCUUUGGCUGUUGGCUAUGUGUAGUUCCCUGAUUUGACAGGUGCCCCCCCCCCGGCUUUUUUGGGUCUUUUUAGGGCCACACUUGAGGCAUAUUGGAAGUUCCCAGGUUAGGGGUCUAUUUCGGGCUGCAGCUGUUGGCCUACCCCUCAGCAACUUGGGAUCUGAGCCACGUAUGUGACCUACACCACAGCGCAUGGCAACACCAGAGCCUUAACCCUCUGAGGGAGACCAGGGAUCGAACCUGAGUCCUCAUGGAUGGUUACCUCUGAGCCACAACAGGAACUCCAUUGACGGGGGCUCUUGAUGUAAAUAUCAAAUCUGUGAUGUUUGUUUGGCAUUAGACAAACAGCAGUGUAGAAGGACAGCCGUAAAAGUCAUUGAACACAGUUUAAGCACGUCAUUGGAAUUAGAAAUAUUUAUUCAGAAUAUAAGAAUGUUUGUAAAAUAUUAUAAAUGUCUCUGUAUAAAUAAAUGAAGUUUUUUUUUAAACAAUUCUAUAUCAAAUAACACAAAGCUCUUUUACAGCAGCUAAAAACUAAAGGCAUCUGGAAACAUUUAAAGCCUACAAGUGAAGAAUCUAAAAAAUUACAAGGUAUAUAUAGUACAGUGUUAAAUGGCAACUUUAAAAUGAGAUUUUAAUACAAACAGCAGAACAAUACUGACAAAUGCAAACUUAGACGCAUGUGCUUUAAUAACUGACAGUACAUUCAAGCGGCUUAAAAGUAGCACAUUUUCAAAUAAUAGGAAACUAAAAUCUCAUGCAAAGUAAAAAUAAGUCUUGACAAUGUCUAAAAACUGUUUAGAAGUGAACGUGUUUCAGCAUCUUUGCAUUGGGUUUAGACAGAAGCGGAUUACUAUGGGUUCCCAUUCACCUGGCCGUCCUGACAUGAGCACUAACUGUAAGUGAAUACUCAAGAGUUCUACAAACAGAACAUUCUCCACAUGGAUUUGAUUUGCAAAAAAGUGCAAAAGUGAACAGGAGAGCCAGAACAAAUAAGCAGGUCAUCAGUGGGAGGGAAUUUUGUCUCUAGCUUGCUCUGUACUGCUGAGCUGCUAUUUCAGAUGAUUAGUGGAUGAGUGAGGUUAUAGCUGCCUUGACUGGAAAAAUCAGUACUACUGGGUAUGGAUAUAGUUACCCAAUAGCAGUUGCUGUUCUUAGGACAGAAGGAUGUCUUAUCUUGGUCACGUGCAAAAUCUCACUCACAUGCAGUGUGACAGUUUAUCCAGUAUAACCCAUCACCAGAAAUUUAAUAGUUGUCUGUGAGUCUAUGUUUGUUUCUUUACAUAAGAAUUAGCAAAAUAAGAAUAUGUGAACAGCUGCUAUUCAACUUGUAUCCUUUUCCAUGUCCUUAAUUAUUUAAUGGCCACUGAGUACUCAGUGAUGCUCUGGUGGCUGUAGCCAGCAUUAAUUAGGGCGCCAAUUCUAAAAAAUUAGUGUUUGGCAACCAUAGUCAUACAUCUACUAGUGAGUACAAGUGUAGUUAGUUAGAAAGUAACUUCAAGUGUGUGAAACAGAAGCUUCAGAAGGUGACAGGUUCAGAGCUAGCUUCAGCCUGGCCCAUGCGAACAUAAGAUUUCAAUGAACUAGAACAGGACUUGGAUAGACUUCAUAAGAAUUGUGUGUUAGCAGAGGCCUAAUUUGUGUUUUGUAACAAUCGAUGCCUCUACAAACUAGUGCCCAGCAAGCCUCAGUGAAAGGUUGUAAUUGCAUCAUUUCUUGUCAAAUAGGCCAUUCCAUUGGCGAAAGAGAAAAAUAAUUGCUACAUGGUUUUUUCAGGGUUUUUUUCUUUUGGCAUUGUUUUACCAAACUCACUUAUAGCAGAAAAACUAAAUGUCACUUAUGCUUCUUUCCUCCCAGAACCUUGGCAGCCCUAUGGGUUGUAUUCUCACUACAUUCAAUACAGAAAUUUCAAUCAGAAUUCUCUCCCCUUAAGACUACUUUUUAAUUAAAUGCUAUUUGCUGCAUUUAGAAAUAGGUGCAGCUGUAACUUACCAAACAUGAUCUUUUCUCUCUAUAUAGUUUCAUUGGUAAGACAUACUGUUACAAAUUUGUGAAUAGUUUAAAAUUUUAUGGAAAAAAAUUACGACUUUCAGAAGUUAUUAAUAAAAGUUUGGGUGUCUUCUGUAGUCUUUUUCAUUUUCACUUAAAAUAUAAGCACAAUACCGCAAACUCUUGAGAGCUGUUAGAUGUUUGAUUAAAGAAUAAUUUAUGUGGGUUAUAGUUAACAAGUCAUGCCAACGACCUAGGCAGUCCAGUGCAGAUCAGGUAACUGAGGCAUUUUUUUUUUUCCCUCAUUUAAAAUGAUGUAACCUGUAUGCAGCUGGGAACCAGGGGACUAGCCAGUAAUUUCAAGUUUAUCUUAGAAAAGUAAAAUCUCUGCUCUGCUCAUCCUAAAAAGAGAGCCUUAUUUGGACUGGCUCUGUGGAAUAGAAUGUCCAGUUCUCAGAGGUUGUCCUGUAAAAUGUAUCGCUCCAGGCUCAUAGGAAUGCAUCAUCUCAAAGGAGAAUUAAGCAAUUAUGUUUCACUGGCACUUAAUUUUUUUUAUUAUCCUACUAUUCCAGUUUCAGGCAGCAUGGAUAGUGACUUCAGAAACCUGACAUGUCAGCAGAUGAGAGUGACUAUCAAACAGUUAAUUACCUGCACUGACAAGGAUAAAAUAUCUGGUGUACCUCUGCGGGAUCAAGGUCAUGCUAAAUCCCAACUGUCUGAUCAUGUAAGAUCCUUAGUCAUAAGUGAUUUUUGGUGUAAAUCUCAAAGGGGGAAUCUUACCGCCUACAAGUCCAUGGCAGUUUGGUGCACAUGGGGUUUGGCAGAACAUCAGAUCCGCUUGAUAGGCCCACUUAUUCUCCAAAGCAACGGUGCAAUGGGUCCAUCUUCUCAUGCCUAUUUAUCUAAGAACCAGAGAUUAAAGUCUGAACAGCAAAGGUGACUGCCUAAAAUGGGUAACCACUGGGGAAAAUGAAAAAAUUAAAGUCUGAACAUUUUUAACCUUGUACAGGUUAUAAUCAGGAUCAUUGUUUACCUCUGAUGGAGAUGUUGAUAUAAACCAGCUCCUAUUUAGAAAGAAAAAUUUUGGUUAUAAACAAAAUGAUCCAGGCACCUGCAAUCAUUUAUUUUAAUCAAUGCGGUUUUCUUAAGCCCUGCAAUUAGCAUAGUAAUCAAGUGCCUGGAAGUUCACCUUCAACAAGGAUUAAGAGUAGGUGAAAAAUACAAGGAAAGGUAAUCAACUAUUUAAUAGCUUUUAUUCUAUACAUAAGUAACAGUUUUGCCAGGGAAAGAGUUUUCACCCCAUCACCACUUAUCUGCAAGGAUUAUGUUGAAGUAUAAACUCAGAAUGAGGCCAAGUAGGAUCAGUAAUACUGGGGCUCAUAGUGGAGGGGCCGAGACUUUGCGGGUCUGGAGGCGUUCCAUGCCCCUAGAGCAGGUUCUGUUUUCACUUGGAGCAAGCAUGGUAGACAGCUCAGCAAAUAGGAUGUUAAUUCCUGGGUCCGCUCUACUUUUCAACGUUGGUAAAAAUGAAAACCGUCCAUCUGUUCUGAUGCCUGUUCAGUCACACAAGAGAAAGCCACGACUGGUUCCCUGCUUUGCAUAGCCCAGUUUGCUUAGGGAGGACAUUUUCCCUGGGCAAGCUGGAAAAAUGGGGAAAACCAUGAUUUUGUCCAUUGCACCUUUUUUUGCACACAUUUUUCUUUUUUUGGUCUUUUGUCCUUUUUUCAGGGCUGUACCCAAUGGCAUAUGGAGGUUCCCAGGCUAGGGGUCUAAUCUGAGCUGUUGCUGCCAGCCUACACCAGGGCCACAGCAACGCCAGAUCGGAGCUGCCUCUGUGACCUACACCACAGCUGUGACCUACACCACAGCUAAUGGCAGCACCGGAUUCUUAACCCACUGAGCAAGGCCAGGGAUUGAACCUGAAACGUCAUGGUUCCUAGUUGGAUUUGUUAGCCACUGAGCCACGACGGGAACUCCUAAAUUUUUUCUUAUAACAAAGUGAAGCUUUAUCCAAAGAGUAAAAGGUGACUGAAUAUCACUGACAAGAACCAAGUUUGCCUGACUUGGGAGAAAUGGUACUUGGCAGCAAUCAAAUCAUCCCAAAGCCAGGCCCUUCGCACACACACCAGUUGAUUUUUUUUUUUUUUUUUUUUUUUUUUUAAAGAUGGGGAGCCUCACUGCUGGCCUGAGAGGGAAGGGUGGUUGCUUUGGGGACAGAACUGCUCUGCCUUCUGAGGUGGUGGCUAAGACAUCCUUCCCCACCAUGCAGAAAAGGCGGAGGAACUUGUGCCAUGCCCUUGGAAAACAGCGUAUGGGCACAGGGACUCAAAUGGCAAGUGGUCCUCUACAAUGUAUCGGUCAGUGUAGGGCAGGGAUGGAAGAAUUGAAAAACAAAGUGAAACAGAGAAGGUUACAGUAGAAAGAGAAGGAUGCAUUUAAGAUGGAAGACCUUCCUGAAAGAAUUCAGGUACUCUGGCCCUGCUCAGUUCUGUCAGCAUUUUGCUGGACAUGUCACCUGCCGAGGCACCACAUGGUGACCAUCGCCAUGUCUGAGGCCUCAGCGACCGUGCCCUUCCCCUUGCCCUCCCUUCACCCUUUAAUGGGUCUGAAGUCUUGAACUGGCGCUGCAGUAAAAAUCUCUUAAGUAGGUGGGGUUGGCCUGCAAAACAACACCUCCUCAGCAUCCUGCCUCUUGCCCUAGAGGAGCAGAGGCAGGUCCAGAGCUCUGUGUGUACUCAUGUGGACAAGCUUGGACUCAGGCAGUUAGCUAAUGCCUGGGGCUGAGAUUAAGUAUAAUGGGUCUUCCUGAUCCCACACAGAACUCUUCAGUCCCAGCUGUUCUACCUGUGGCUUCGACAUACCCGUGCCUGUAAGUAACACCUGUGUGCCAUCUGCCUGUGAUCUACCUCCCAGAACACCUUAGUGAUAUGUGGGAUUUGAAAACCAAAGCCUGGUUGCAAUAAACAAAUGAGCAGUUCUUCUAGAUGCUCACCCCCACCCCCACCCCAUUAGUUUUCCCCUGAAGAAGAAGGAAAGAAGAUACACUGGGGACGUCAGAGGUAAGGCUGUGGUCUACUAAAAGGAGAGAAAAAAAAAAAAAGAAUGGAAAAUCUUAAAAAACAGACAAUACCCAAGUUAUACCAGCCACACACAACUUUCAGAACAGAAAAGGUGAGAGAGUGACAGCCAGUGCUGAAAGCAAAAGCACAGCCUGUGGAGCCGGCAUGCCUGGCAGGUGUUCCCACACUGUCCAAGGCCCGAGAGGGGAGAAGCAGCAUCCUCUGGGUAGUCUAUGUGGUGUCACCAGGGCUGAGACCAGGGCACUUCACUGUCCAUGUGCUGACCUACCUGCCAAUCUCCCCUUUCUUCGUUCUCCCAACAGGUCCUCUGUCCCCCAGCGCCCCUCUCUCCUCAGUGACCUGCUAGAGUUUAGCUUCCACGAGCAGAGCUUGAGAGUCUGAGUGCCAAUUAAAGUGAAGUUUCGUUGGUGUGUGGCCGCGAGUUCUCCUCCUCCAGCAGAGCUAUCCUCUGCUUGAGCAUCCUCACUUGGGUCUCGUGCCUCUCCACCAUGGCCAUCAUCUGAGA